CCACUCCCAUCUCCCUGCCUGUGUCUGUUUCUAGUCUGCAGAUAGCUGUCCUAUGCUGCUGCCUGAUUUUUCUAUUUGGAUUUGUGGAUUCUGGCUCACUUACAAAGGAGAUGGAGAGUAGUGGAUCAGAGUCUCAGAGUAAUCAGUCUGAGUCAUCAGUGUGCUUAGAUACCGACCCACUGUGUGAUAAUCUGGUUAGACAGCUUCAACAAUCCUUAGGAGAUUGUUUGAAUGAUAACUGCUUCCCAGAUGACCCGGUGUGGCCUCCAGGAGAAAGAGAAAAAAGGAUGGAACAAAGACAACAUCCUAGACUUGGAAACACAUUGUGGUGCUUAUGUGGAAACUGCAUUGCCAUGCCAACAAUUAGAGAAAGCGUAUGCUGUCGUGAAGUCGAAAAGUUGCAAAAGCAUUAUAAUGAAGAUUGCACUUGCAUAACUACAGUACUUGACAUGCUGCAACUUUGUAUAAAUAAACAUUUCCUUGAAUUUACAAUUCGAAAUUCAGGAAGAGUGAAACUUCGGCAAUUGCAGGAUGAUUACAAUAGGUGCAUGCGUAAAGGAGCUUAUCGUUCUUUUACCACUUGGACACAUGGCAUCCUUGGACCAAAAACUAGAAUACCGAUCCCAUCUUGUGUGGUUAGACUGGUAAGAAACAAUUAUCCAGAUCCCCAUGGACACUAUGUUGGAUUUCGGGAAGCCACUGAUAAUCCUGCUGAAGACAUGGCAUUUGAAGAUACCUUUUAAAUUAAUAAUAAAAAAAUUA